AUGAGAAUAUUGUAAAGUUGGAGUAACUUGUAAUGGAUAAACGAAGCAAUAGCCUGCAUUGGUUAAGUUCAAAAUACUUUAAAGAAUUGUUAAAAAAGAAAGGACAGUAGUAGCUAGAUAUGUAUUAAUUUGACUUCAUAAUCCAAAACUUUAAAUAACGAAAUUUCAUAUUCUACAAAAGGAUUGAGAAGGUUUUUAUUUAUAUAUUAAAUUAAUAUGGAAAAUUUAUUUUGCUAAGUUCAUCCUGAUAUUCCAUUUUUCGAUCUGAAAAAAUAUCAUUAGACAAAAUUAAUAGCAUCUUCGAAUAAUAGAGUGUACCUUUAUAAAUUUUUGAAUCAAGCUGUUGCUGUUAAAGAGGUUAUAUUACAAUAAUUGUGUAUUAAUUAAUAUUAUUUAGAGAAAAUGAACAAACAGAAAAACUAAAAAAACAAUAUCAAAUAUAGAAAGGAUAUAGCGAAACCAUCAUAUAAAUCUACGGAAUGGCUAUGCAACAAUAAUAAAGAUUUUCAGGAAAAUUUUAAACAAGUAUACAUAUUAAUAAAUAAAUAGUUAUAUUCAUUUGUAUGGAAUAUAUGCAAUAUUGCUUGUAAGAUCAUAUUGAAUUGAUUAGAAAGGAAUAAUUACCAAUCAAUAAAAAUUCUCUUGCAAGCUUAUUAAAAUCUACAGUUUAAACUCAUGCUUAUUUAUAAUCUAUUCAUUUGUGUCAUGGAGAUAUAAAGCCUUAAAAUAUCUUGAUUAAUGAUAGAAGUAAUCCAACCCAAUUUAAAACUUGUGAUUUUGAUAAUAUGAUUUAGCUUGUUCAUUCUAAAUUAUAGCCUUGCAUAUUUUCAACCAAAUAAUACCAUGCACCAGAAAUCUAGUAAGCGAUAAAAGAGGGUUUGGAGUCAUUUAAUUAUAAUCCAUACAAAGCAUAAGUUUAUAGUUUGGGCCUAUGUUUGAUUUAAAUGCAUCCUCAAAUAGAUUUUCUUAAAAUUAAUCAUAUCACUUUUAUGCUUAUUGAAUAAGUUUAUGGUUUUUAAAUUUAGAUUUUGAUUUAAAAAAUGCUAGAUCCAAUAAAUUAUAAUAGACCUGACUUUUUUGAAGCAUUGUCAUAUUUAAACAAGAAUUCUAUAGCUAACAUAUCAACAGAAUAAUUAGAAUAUUAAGGAAAUGAAAUAUUAAAAAGUUAGAAUUCAUAUUUUCGAAACACUCCAGAUAUGUUUGAUACGUUAAGAAGAGAAUCAAAAUAUCCGAACUAAUUAUAUGAUAGCGUUGAUACAACGUCUGAUUUUCUAAUAUUGGGUUAAGUGAAUUUGUCAAAUGAAGAAGAAACUAAUUUUUCUGAUGAUCAUAUAACAUCAAAAGUUGCAACAAGUAAAUAAAUUAACUAUAUUAGGAAGAACUUAGAAAUACUUUUGUAAUUCCAAAUAUAUAACUAAAACCAAUAUUAUGAUUUUUUGUUCAAUUUUACUUUUACUAGUAUUGUUUAUCCUUUUAUUAAUGUAUCUAAUGUGA